AUGCAGCCAACAUCACAAUCAGGACAACAGCCACCGUCUGCGCAACAACAGCAAACGCCCCAACAGCAGCAGCCGAAUGCCCGCGCCAGUAUGGUCAACUCUCAUGGGCAUUCUAGAUCCAGCCCAGCAGGGUUUGAGCAGCCAAAAUACAGACAGCCAGGCUCCUCUCCAGGCUCUGCAUAUCCUCCCCAUACUCCCCAGGGUACAAAAUACUCGCCGUUGGGUCUAGCCGACAUCCGACCGACAGGAGACCUUCUGGGUGACCCAAUCACCAGCUCCGGAAUGGCACCGUUCAACGGGGAUAAUCCGGUACCUACCAAUAGCAACUACAUUGCUCCUUGGCCUAUAUAUUCUAUGGAUUGGUGUAAAUGGCCUAUUACGGGGAGCUCCAGCUCGUUCGGGGGCAAAAUCGCCUUGGGAAGCUACCUAGAGGACAACCACAACUACAUACAAAUUAUAGAUACUCAUUGGACACAACCAGACCCGGAUACGCCGGACGCCGCUGCGGGGGAGAUUAAACUCGACUAUGUGAAGACCGCAGAGGCCACCCAUUCGUAUCCAGUAACACGGAUCCUCUGGGAGCCGCCAUCAUCUCAGAAACAGUCUACCGAUCUGUUGGCCACAUCUGGUGAUCAUCUGCGAUUAUGGUCGCUGCCAACGGCGCAACCCGUACCAAGUUCCAACUCCAUUACGCGGUCGGCCAGCCAACACGCACCGACAGCGAAACUGUCGCCGCUGGCUUUGCUCUCAAAUUCCAAGUCACCCGAGCAUACCGCUCCAAUCACCUCAUUGGACUGGAAUACAAUUUCCCCCAGUCUGAUCAUUACCUCCAGUAUCGAUACCACCUGCACAAUCUGGGAUAUUCCCACCCUUACCGCCAAGACACAGCUGAUCGCACAUGACAAAGAGGUAUACGAUGUUCGAUUCUGUGCGAAUAGCGUGGACGUCUUUGUCAGCUGUGGUGCUGAUGGUAGUGUGCGCAUGUUCGAUCUCCGCAGCCUAGAACAUAGCACUAUCAUCUACGAGCCCACCGAGAAGCAUGAGAAGGUCCCCACUCCGGGCAAUGGCAGUCCUUCUGGGCAAGCCCAGCCCGUAUGGCCCCCGCCUCUACUACGCAUCGCUGCAUCGCCCCAUGAUUCCCACCUUCUUGCCACUUUCUCGCAAGAUUCCAACAUUGUCCGGGUUCUAGAUGUCCGGCAGCCUGGACAGGCUCUUCUUGAACUGAAGGGCCACGGCUCCUCCAUCAACUGCGUUGAGUGGUCGCCCAACCGCCGCGGAGUCCUGGCUUCUGGUGCGGACGACUGCUUCGUACUUCUGUGGGACCUCAUCAACCAGCACAAUGCGGCUCCUGUGCCUCCCAUGCCUCCCGUCCCGCACAAUGCGGGCACGCCCGCGACACCCAGUGAGCGAGGUCCAGCCGCCGUGUGGCUCUGCGACAACGAAGUGUCGAACAUUAGCUGGUCGCCGCAGGGCGGUACCACGCCUGCCGGGCAUCCGCGCGACUGGCUCGGGGUCUGCGGUGGACGUGGACUAUGGGGAGUGGCACUGUAG